UAUUAUUAUUAUUAUUAUUAUUAUUUUCACUGUAUUCAUACUAUGAAUGAACAUCCCUUCCUUUUUGAUGCUUCUAUGAAUACUAAUACUAUUGGUGAAAUGAUAGGCAUUCAUCAGUUAUCAAAAAGUUCUCCUUCCCAACUUCCACCUUUUCUCUCCAAACGGUUAUCUCGUCAAGACAAUCUACCUUCUCCAUCUCAAACUCCAAAAACACCGUCGUUAGCUCAUGUACCAUGCAAGUUCUUUAAACAAGGUACUUGUACUGCUGGAGCCAACUGUAUCUUUUCUCACAAUCCUGAUCCAACUUCUGAAACAGCUGUGUGUCGUUACUAUUUGAAAGGUACGUGCAAAUUUGGAACAAAAUGUGCCUUGCUGCAUACAAUGGCGCCAUCACCUUUGGAAACUACCACAUCAACAUCUACUACUUCAAGGAUUGGAAUCACACCUAGAAAAAUACAUAUUCGGCAGCAACAGUAUCAUCAUCAUCACUUUGGUUCUCCCUCUCCAAAGAAUGAUUAUGGAUUGAUACAACAACAACAUCAUCAUCCAUCGCCUGACACAGUACAAAGUGCUUCUUUUGGAAGGUUUCAAUCCUCAUUACAGCAAAGACAACAACAACAACAACAAAGACGGCAAAUUUAUUCAACUUCAUCAUCAAAUAUAUUGGACAACAAUAAUAUGGAUAUGGAUGAAGAUGCUUAUGAUGAUGUGAACGAUGCAAUGUUACCCUCUUCUUUGAACGAUCUACUGACCCCUUCGGAGCUACAAUCAAGAAGAGCACGGGAACAAGAAGAUCUGCUGAUGGAAUACUCUAGUCCAACUUCAAACACUCAAAGUUGGUCAAUCAUCGAUGGACGCACUCCACCUACUACAAGAGGUUGGUCGGUUCCACUUCACCUCGCCAAUACUACAGUAGGAUCACCUUUCUCAACUUCUUCAGCUUCAUGGAAAUGGAUGGAAGAUGAUUUUACGAAAUCAUAUUCUAUAACCAACACUUCUUCUAUGACAACAACAACGCCUACACCAGCAACAUCAACCACAGUGGCUACGACUUCAUCUUCUGAUCAGGAUCCAUUUGACUUCAAUGAUGACGACGUACAAUUCUUUAUGGAAGACGAUAUUGAUCAACAACAACGUUCAUCACCUCCGUUACAACAGCAUGAUAAAAAGCAGCAAUCACAACAUUCCAUUACCACCACUCCCUUCAUAUUCCCUUCUCUUAUUUCUUCAUCCAAUUCACCCUCCAAUAGUGUGCCAAGGUUCUGAUAAACUUCCAC